GAAGCUGGGAUAUCUAUUAUUCGUAUAAAACUUUCGAUCAACACCGGUGACAAAAGAGUAAACUACACCGGUAAACAACUGUUUAAGCAUAUUUAUUGCGUUGUAUUUUGAAACAGUGAACUAAUUAGGUGUGACUUAUGUCUCUGGCAGAUGAAUUGUUGGCUGAUUUAGAAGAGGGUGGAGAAAACUUGGAAACUCAAGACAUUGAGCAAGAAGAUGUUACCGAGGUGUCUGAUACAGUUAUGGAAGUUGACACUACCAAACAUUCUGUGCGGAGUGUUGCCAAGCUCAGAGAUAGCACAGAGCUUAAAUAUGUUUUGCAAGAAAUUGAAAAGUUUUCUACCAUGCAACGGAAAGAUGGAGUCAGUGGUCCAGUUGAGGCAGAUCCAGAAUAUAAACUCAUUGUUGAAGCUAAUAACAUGACUGUUGAGAUAGAUACAGAAAUCAAUGUUAUUCAUAAGUUUACCAGAGACCACUAUGCAAAACGUUUCCCAGAAUUGGAGUCACUCAUCCCUACUCCGAUGGAAUAUGUGAAAACUGUAAAAGAAUUGGGAAACAACAUUCUGGAGAAAUCAAAAAGCAAUGAAGUGUUACAAGAAAUUUUAACCCCUGCCACAUUGAUGGUUGUUAGUGUAACAUCUUCUACAACACAAGGGACAGAAUUAACAGUUGAAGAAAUGGAUCGUGUCAUUGAAGCAUGUGACAUGGCUAUUGACUUGAAUGACUACAAACAGCGUAUUUUCCACUAUGUAGAGUCUCGGAUGAGCUUUAUUGCACCCAACAUCUCUACAAUUGUAGGUGCCUCAAUAGCUGCUAAAUUGAUGGGUGUUGCUGGUGGCUUAACGAACCUCUCAAAAAUGCCAGCCUGUAAUCUCUUAGUUCUUGGUGCACAGAAAAAAACUCUCUCUGGUUUCUCCACUGCUGCUAUAAUGCCUCAUACAGGCUUUAUUUAUCAAUGUGAAAUUUGCACCAAAACACCACUAGAUUUAAGAAAAACUGCAGCUAAGUUUGUUGCUGCCAAAAGUACUUUGGCUGCACGUGUUGAUAGCUUCCAUGAAAGUCAAGAUGGUCAUGUUGGAGAAACUCUCAAAGCAGAAAUUGAGCACAAAUUAGACAAGUUGAUGGAACCUCACAAAUAUAAACAUGUCAAGCCAUUACCGGCACCCAUUGAUCCCCCUCGCAAGAAACGUGGUGGUCGCAGAGCAAGAAAAAUGAAAGAGCGUCUUGGACUAACAGAGAUAAGGAAGCUUGGUAACAGAAUGAAUUUUGGUGAAAUUGAGGAAGAUGCCUACCAAGAAGAUCUUGGCUUCUCCUUAGGAAAUAUCAAACGCUCCAAAUCAGGUCGAGUUAGGGGCCCUGUCGUGGAUUCUAAAACUAAAGCAAGAAUCUCCAAAACACUUCAACAAAAACUUCAGAAACAGAACCAAGUGUGGGGAGGAAGUACAACUGUAAAAAGACAAAUAGCUGGAACAGCAUCCAGUGUGGCUUUCACUCCUCUGCAGGGCUUGGAAAUAGUAAAUCCACAAGCAGCAGAGAAGAAGAUGAUGGAAGCCAAUCAAAAGUACUUUUCAAGUACAUCUGGAUUUAUCAAACUUAAAGAUCAGUAAAACAAUUAAAUAAAUACAAAUGAUAGACUUUCCUCAUUUAAAAAAUGCAAUAUGUUAAAAAAUCUUAGGCAGCGAGCUAGCAGAAUCGUUGUCACACCAAGCAAAACGCUUAGUGGCAUUUCGUCUGUCUUUACUUUCUGAGCUCAGUUUCUGCUGAGGUCAACUUUGCCUUUCAUCUUUUCAGGGUCGAUAGAUUAAAUACCAACUGAACACUAGGGUCGAUAUAAUUGACUUAUCCCCACCCCCAAAAUUGCUGGCCUUGUGCCGAAAUUUGAAAUGAAUAUUGUAUUUCUCAUACUUACCAUCUAUUUUGUAUGGUUUGGAAUAAAACUUUGAACCAAAAUGCACAGAAAAAUAAACCUGCAUUAUUUUUCAUUCAUUUGUUAAUUUUAAAGUCUUGUAAUUACAUUAACAAGAACAAUUCCAAACACACUCAAAAAGAGAAUGUUGAAAAUCAUCUGUAAACAGGUAAUUUUGUGACAUUAAAUUGUUUCUAAUUUUAGAAAUAUUCAAUA